UGUACCAUUUGCAUAGUUAAACAUAAAAUUUCAGUGUCUUCUUCAGUGUCUUCACAGAUAGUGCUGUUUAAGCUGUUCCUCAAGGCUCUUUUGCUCCUUCAGUUUGCACUGCAGUUGUUGGAUAGAGAUGAACCUCAGAAUCUGAACUGUCCUGCAUCUGGUGGAGUUCCUGGCACUCCUGGACACAACGGUCUGCCUUGGAGAGAUUGUAAAGAUAGAGCAAUUGGACCCGAAGGAGAGAAGGGAGAGCCAGGAGUGAGUGUUCAGGGACCACCAGGUAAACCGGAACCACCUGGGCCAGCUGGAGAAAAAGGGGUCUCCUGGAAGUGAAAGUGUUCUUGAAUCCCUGAAAUCUGAGAUCCAGCAACUUAAAACCAAGAUUGCCACGAUUGGGAAAGUUUCAGCCACUUCAGGCAAGCUGAACAGAAAUACUACUUCACUGAUUGUGCUGAGGGGACUUUUAGUCAAGGAUUAAACUACUGCAAAGGUUUUGGUGGAACAAUGGUUUUGCACAGAUCUUUUAUAGAAAACUAAGCAUUUUUGAAAUUAGUAGUAUCCAGUGGGUAAAGUAGUAAGAAGCCAUAUAUUGGAGUCUCAGACAGAGAAACAGAGGGACGGUUUGUGGACACUGAGGGAAAGCAAUUGACUUUUA